AUGAAUUCUCUAAGAUCUUUGAGAUACAGUAGCAUCAGAGAAGCUUUAAUUCCUCAAUAUCCGACAAAGUUAUCAUCUUUAUGUCCUCUGUACUUCUACAAUCAAAGGAGAUGGUUAAAGCCUGUAGAUUCAGCGCAAACUCGGUUAGAGAAUCGAACAAGAGACAAUCGAUUAGACAAACUCAUUGUCCAAAUCAGGAAACUAAACAUCAUUCUCGAGAUUUCGAAACUCAUGUCUCGCAAAAAGCGUGGUCCUUUUGUGUCUUUGCAGCUUAUGUCUCGAUGGAAGAAUCUCGUUGGUUUAAAUGUAACCAUUGGAGGAUUUGUCGGUAAGUAUCCUCAUGCUUUUGAGAUCUUUACACAUCCGUUUAGAAGGAAUUUGUGUUGUAAGAUCACUAAGAGAUUGAAGGCAGUGAUUGAUGAGGAAGAGAAUGUGAUUAGAGAGUGUGAGGUUGAUGCAGUGAAGAGGAUAAAGAAGUUAUUGUUAAUGUCGAGAAACGGCGUUCUUCGUGUUCAUGCUUUGAGGUUAAUUAGAAAGGAAUUGGGUUUACCUGAGGAUUUUCGAGAUUCGAUUUUAGCUAAGUAUAGUUUAGAUUUCAAGUUAGUUGAUUUGGAGACAUUGGAGUUAGUUGAUUAUGAUGAUGAGAAGAGUUUAGGUGUGGCAAAAGUUGAGGAAUGGAGAGAAGUUGAAUACAGAGAGAAAUGGUUGAGUGAGUUUGAGACAAACUACGCGUUUCCGAUUCAUCUUCCUACAGGGUUUAAGAUUGAGAAAGGAUUCAAAGAAGAGUUAAGGAAUUGGCAAAGGGUUCCUUAUGUAAAGCCUUACGAGAGAAAGGAAAUGUCGCGCGGAGUAGAGAGAUUCGAGAAGCGAGUGGUUGCGAUUAUUCAUGAGCUUUUGAGUUUAACGGUUGAGAAAAUGGUUGAAGUAGAGAGAUUAGCUCAUUUUCGAAAGGAUUUUGGAAUUGAAGUUAAUGUGAGGGAAGUUCUAUUGAAACAUCCCGGGAUUUUUUAUGUAUCGACGAAAGGUAGUACUCAGACUGUGUUUCUAAGAGAAGCUUAUAGCAAAGGCUGUUUGAUUGAUCCAAAUCCGAUAUACAAUGUGCGGAGGAAAAUGUUGGAUCUUGUGUUGUUGAAGAAACGUCAUUCUAGAGAAUUGUUGCAAACCGGAGAUGAAAGCCAUGGAGAGAAGAGAGAUGUUGUGAUUAGCUCUCAUGAUGAUUGGGAAGGAGAGAGAGAUGGAGAUUGGGUCUUACCGAUUCUGCGGAAAUCAGACUGA